AUGGCGUCUCCUCCUUCACAGCUGGUCAAGCAAUCUGCUGGCCAGCUUAUGCCUCCCCCACCACCACCGAAGCGAAUUAAACGUCCCGCAACUGUCCUUGAUGAAGACAUUUACACCAACACUUUGUCCCACAUCAUCGCCCGCGACUUCUUUCCUGGAUUACUUGAGACACAGAUGAAACAGGAGUACCUGGAAGCUCUUGAAUCGAAGGAUAAAGCAUGGAUUGCAAGCUCUAAAAAGAAGUUGGCAGACGUCAUGCGCACGCCCACCCCGGGGUCGAAUGCAAGACGAAAGUCAGACUAUGCAUCGGUCCCGAGCACACCGCAGCAUUUCCCGCCGGGACAACCGGGUGACACUCCGCAUGGCUGGGGAGGCGAUACUCCCAUGUCUGUCAUAUCGACUUCCACAACAGCAACUGAAACGCAAGAUAGACAUAUCCCCGAUGUAUCGAAUAUGGGACUGGUCGCCUUCCAGGCAAAGUAUACCAGCGAAGACAACGAGUCCUUCAACAAGGUCCUCGACAAGCAGAAUGAAAAGCGACGGGAGAAAUAUCCCUGGCUUUGGAGUGGGAACAAAAUUCCUUCGGCCCGACAAAUCGCACACCACCAGCAAGAAAUCAAGCGCAUCACAGCUCAAGGCGGAAACCCGGAAACUGGCCUUGUAAAAAAAGACGAGCAUGCCCAGCCAGCCAUCAAAACAGACCUGAAUGCUCGCCCCGCCAAUCCGGACACAUGGAAAACCCGCCCAGAUAACACCCUCAUGUUCCUCCCCUCUUCGGUGGAGGAUACCCACGAGACACUCCCGCAGAAGGCAGAAAUGACAUCACGGGCAGGCCUCAAGCGUACACUCUAUCAAAACACUAGACUCCUAGACCCACAUGCUGCCGCAGCAGCAGACGCUGCCAGCGCCGUGCCCCCUUCCCCCUCACUAUCCGCUAUUCAAGACGCUAUCGCCGGUCGGCCGCAUCUCAGCGAGUCCGAAGCUGCAUCCGCCUUCGCGGGAAGCGAAACCCCGAGGGUAAACGGAUAUGCCUUCGUGGACGAGGAUGAGCCCGAACCAACAGACGAUAUGGAAGUUGACUGGCGCCUCCUCGGGCCGACCUCCGAAAAGCCCAAUCCCUUCAAACUUGGUGAGACUCGCAAGCGCGAAGCCCUACAUCACCGCAUGGUCGAUCGUGUGGCGCGGAACAAGCGUGCUGAAAAAGCCGCCCGUGUUACAAAGACGCCUGUCUCGAUGACGCCACGCUUUGCUAGUAGUCCCCGAUUGGACUUUGCGUCUACACCUGGGGCUGGGUCUAGUAGGGGCUCUGUCUCUGGGGGGCAUGGCCAAGGAAAGAUGCUUACACCUGCAGCGCAGAGGCUGUUGCAGCAAGUCGGGAGGACGCCGAGGUCUGGAGAGAGGAAGUCUGGGCUGGGAAAUGCUUGGACACCUACACCGAAGCGAAAGUGA